AUGUUUUACUCUGUCGCUGACACCGUUGCGGAGGGGGAUUGUUUCGGAAGUGGAACUGCAAUCCGUGGUGUCGAUCAUCAGCUGCACUGUUUUGGUGUGAUGCGUGCUGCUUUGAAAUGGGUGUUGUGGGACGUGAAGGACACGCUGCUCAAAGUGCGGUUUUCAGUGGGAGAGCAGUACUGCAAAGAGGCUGCGCGAAUGGGCCUCAGCCUUAAUCCCAUGGAGGUCAACUCUGCUUUUCGCCAGGCGUUUAAAACUUAUUCCAGCAGAUAUCCAAACUACGGCAUCGCACAUGGUCUAAACGGACACAGCUGGUGGACCGCUGUGGUUACUGAUACUUUUACUUUAUGUGGCGUACAAGAUUCAGCCCUUCUCCAGACAUUGGCACACAAUCUCUAUCACAACUUCACCAAAGCACAGAACUGGGAGGUAUUUGAUAAUUCCAAAAAGGUUCUGGAAGCUUGUUCUUCACUUGGGCUAAAACUGGGAAUUGUAUCAAACUUUGAUAAUCGCCUGGAAAACAUUUUAAAAUCCUGCAACUUGUUGUCCCACUUCAGUUUUCUGAUCACCUCAGAGGAGGCAGGUGAAGCCAAGCCCAGUUCACUGAUCUUUGACCAAGCCUUGCAGAAGUGUGGUGUCUCUGCGGCACAUGUGGCUCAUGUUGGAGACCACUACAUCAACGAUUACCUGGCCUCUCGGGCUCUGGGCAUCCAUGGCUUUCUUUUAGAUCGAGACAACAAACACGACGGGUCAGAUGUUGUGCCAAAAGGACACCGUCUUUGUUCUUUGGAGGAGCUGCCUUCUCGACUUGUGCAGUUGGGUGUUCAGAAAUCUGGUCUACAUUAUUAG